AUGCGCAUGAUUUUCAUGGCAUUAACCACAGCAGAAAUUAUGUAUCCACCGACAGGUGUUGAAGACACUACAUUCCAGGGCACACUAGGUUCGUUGGGAGCAUUUAAUAAGUGUCCGGAACCUAGAAAUGUUGUUGAAUAA